CUCGUUUCAGUAUUACGCCGCAGUCGAGCUUAUCACACAGCCUGCGGGUGGUUCCGUAGUUGUUCAGUAGUUUGCGCUUCUCGCUUGUCCAAUCGAGGACUCGCCAUAAACAACAAAAGCCAUGAAUUUGAGCGAGCCCGGCGAAGAAGUGCUCAGGCUGACGGUCGCCUCUGCCACGGCACCCAAGCAUAUGGAGGGCACCGAUCAGGAAGAUAUUGUGGUGAAAACUCCCUCGAAAACCAAGGGCUUCACACGAAUCCUGGUUUUGUCAUCUCUGAGCGCAGCUUUCGGCUCAUCCUUCAUCUACGGCUACAAUCUGUCAGUGGUGAAUGGCCCUUCAGAUUACAUCAAGGAUUUCUUCAACACAACAUGGCUGGAUCGGUGGAGCACAUCACUGACAGACAACUCGGUAACGCUGCUGUGGUCUUUCACCAUCGCCAUCAUGUCUAUUGGGGGCCUUGUAGGAGCCCUGAUCAUGAGGUUCAUGGUCCAGCGCUUUGGCAGGAAAGGCACGCUACUCCUCAACAAUGCCCUGGCCAUCCUGGCAGCCUUGCUGAUGUCGCUGUGUUUGCUCGCGGGCUCCUGGGAGAUGUUCUUUCUGGGCCGCUUCGUGGUGGGCAUUGAUGCAGGCAUCUCCCUGAGCGUCUUGCCCAUGUAUCUUGCGGAGAUCUCCCCAAAGAAUCUACGCGGAUCCAUGGGCCAGGUUUCUGCCAUCUUCAUCUGUCUAGGAGUCUUCACCGGGCAGGUGUUCAAUUUGAAAGAGGUGCUGGGCAAGGAAUCACAUUGGAGCAUCUUGUUUGCCAUCUUGGUAGUGCCACCCCUCGUGCAGCUUGCCACCUUGCCCUUCAUGCCAGAGAGUCCACGCUACCUUCUUCUCGAAAGGCAAGAUGUCAAAGCAGCAGAGAAAGCCCUGCAGAGGCUGCUCGGGCGACAGGACGUGCAGCGUGAGAUGGUGGAAAUACAGGCAGAGGGCAUUGCACAGGCACACGUCAGCGUGGUGUCGCUGUGGGGCCUCCUCCGUGAGCGUGCCGUGCGCUGGCAGGUCAUCACGGUCGCCGUCACCAUGGCCUGCUAUCAGCUGUGUGGUGUGAACGCUAUCUGGUUUUAUGCAAGCAGCAUAUUUAGACAAGCUGGCAUUACUGAAGCUAUUACUCCUUAUAUAAUCAUAUCCACUGGUGGAACAGAAGUCUUGGCUGCCCUUCUCUCUGGUCUUGCGAUUGAAAAGCUUGGAAGACGAUCACUGUUGAUUGUUGGAUUUGGAGCGAUGGCUGUGAUAUUUGGAGUCUUGACAGUGGCACUUAAUCUUCAGGACACGUACCAUUGGAUGUCAAGCCUUAGCAUUGCCUGUGUCUUGGCAGUCAUCGCCAGCUUCUGUAUUGGACCCGGCGGAAUUCCAUUUGUUUUGACUGGGGAAUUGUUUGAGCAGUCUUAUCGUCCAGCUGCAUUCACAGUCGCUGGAAUUGUCAGUUGGCUGUCAAACUUCAUUCUUAGCCUCGUCUUCCCAUUUAUCCAGAAAGCUCUGGAUGCAUACAGCUUCCUGGUGUUUGCAGCAGUAUGUUUGGGAGCUGCGAUAUUUCUCUACUUCGUGCUGCCGGAAACCAAAAAGAGGACAUUUAUGGAGAUCAGCCGCUCAUUUGACAAGUUGAACAAAGUACCUUUGGCAAGCAUACUAGCUUUGGAGAAAAGAGAGAGUGUUAAUGUUGUCUCUGCAGAAUUCAAAACCAUUCAGUCCCAGAAUCUAGGAACCCAUUUGUAAUAUAUAUAUCAGCUACGGUCAUUCUAACGCUGGAUGAAGGCCUCCCCAAGCCGCCGCCACCUCUCACGAUUCUGUGAUGUAAUUAUGUACCCAGCACCUGCAUGGAAAUAGAUUUAAUUGCUCCGCCUAAAAAAAAUAAUGUGUAUACUUAUCCUUCUCCUUGUUUGUUCUUCAAGCUGUUGUAAAGAUAACAGGAAUGGAAGAAAUGCUUUCCAUACACAGCACAAACGAGUGCUACUUCUGUUAAAAGACACUUUUCUGGAAGCUUUUAGAAAGACACCAUAACAUUUCAAAAUAAGUUGAAUUUUUUGUGGAAAUUAUUUGAAAAGUAAUUAAGCCGUUAUUUGUAUUUUGCAUAAAAAUGUGUGGCUUGCGUGUGGAAAUUAGAUGAGACAGGCUUCUGAUUUAUACAUUGCAUAUGUUUAAACGUGCUAAGUUUAAUUUUGCCCAUUCCAGUUUUGAAUGCAUUUGGCCCACAUUUUCUGCACGUAAUUAAGGCCCUUUAUUUUGGCUGCAUAUGCUUGAAUGAGGGUUGCACUUAACCUAUAGUGGUUCUGAAUUGCGCACACGUUGAUGCAAAGUGUAUUAUAUGUGGAGCUUGAUACAUCACUGACAUCAAGAGCACAUUAAGCUCUCAAAUCAUUGUUUACCAUGGGGUACUUAACAUGGGUUUUUCUUUCCUAAUACAAGAUAAUCGUAAUUGCCUCAUAAACAACAGAAAAGGGUGAUUAAUGCUUCAACGGAAAGACAAGCUCUCUUCCCCAGGAGUGUUUACACACUUUCUUUUUCAGGUUUAUAUUAUUCAGGAGGCUAGUUAAAAAUACUUAAUUACAUCUGAACGAGAUUGUUUUUUUAUAAACUCUGUCCAUUGUUUGGUAGAGAAGAUAAAGUGCACUAUAAUUGUAUAUUCAUCAGAUUUGUUUAAUGUUUUGUUCUGUAUUGGUAUACACAUAAUUAAUAAUUUUGUAAUGUUUUGUUUAAAAAAAAAACAUAUUGAUGUUGGAUCAACAAUAUACAGCUAUAUUUGUAGUGCCGCUUACAAAAUUCUGUACAUUAUGUGGCCUUAUCGUAAUUUGUUGCUGCUCAUACCAUAGCUCAAUACCACCUUAGAUGCUAUAUUUAGAAGCCAAAUUGUAUUGAGAUACAUGUAUUGAGAUACAAUUUGUCCAUCGCCACUAGGUGGCUCUCUUGUUAGCCAAGUGAACAUUGUUGUCUUAAGUUUCGAUUCAAAGCUUUCGUGACUGCAGGGAUUCAUCUUCUUGGUUCUUUCGUGACUUUACCGAAAGAACCAAGAAGAUGUAUUCAGUUUGUUUUCCUUAGCCACAUCAAAUCAUUUCUUUAGAUUUCUGUAAGGAGAUGAUGUCUUCAUGUUGAGCUGUGAACUCAUAGGGUUUUUUAAGGUACAUUUUUUAAAACUGUAUUCCAAUUAUGCUAUCGGCAUCAUGCCAUGUGAAGCUGAAUCCAUUCGAAAAUCUCACCGAUUAGUGAGUCUUAUGUUGUUGCAAUAUGGUCUGCAGAGAUAUUUCAUGAGAAAAAAAUAUUUCUAAUUACCUUUUUUUAUCUUAUACACAGGAGGGAGUGCACUUUUUCACAUGCUGUCCUAUGAUAUUCAAACCGAUGUGUUUACUGUUCAUAGUGGGAAUUUAGCUAAAUUUAAGUGCCACAUUUUAAGUGGUGUUUUUGUGUGUGUGGUCAUUAGUGACCAGGCUAACAACCGUCAACUCGCUACACUUGAGAACCCGGUUUAAUCACAGGUAGCUGAAACCCCGAUCUGAAAUACAGGAUCUCAGUGGUGCCACCCAGCUCCCUUCCUUGUUAGAGCUUUAUAAAAAGAUUAAUUAAAUUUGAUGUGCAUAGGGAACAUUUUUGAGAGUAAAUGCACAUGACACUGCUGACCUAUGAUAUUCACACAAUGUAUAGGAUGUCGUGUAUAUGUUUGUCAAAAAGCGAAAUGAAAAAUUAUAAAAACGACAAAAGUUUUAUAGAUUUUUAUUUUUUAUUUUCGGCCGACAUGUUUUAAUCGUUUCAAUUCUGAGCAGUUGUCACAAAUGCAUAUUUGAGUAACUUUACAAAAAGAUCAACAGUGGAUGUUUUUGUGAUAUAUAAAUGAAUAAUGUGAUCCCACUUUAAGGAGAAAAAAUCCCGGACAUGAUUGGGAUAUGAAUGAGAUUGAGAUCAUAAAAAUUAUGUUGUCUGCCUGUAACUUUCCCAUUGCUGGGAAAAUAUCCCCCCCCGCCAUUUUUUUGGCUUGGUUGUUCUUGUCCAGAGCAGCUUGAUAAAGCUAUCUAGGUAUAAAUCCAUGCAACAGCCGACUGGUAGUGUCCCAUUGCUCUUCUUAUCAACGCAUGGUCACGUGUGUGAUAGCAUCAAUUGAUUUUCGGCAUCACAGAUGCACGGAGAAUUUUGGACAAACGGUUAACCCACUCGAGAUCGAUUUCACGCUAAGUUAUACUCUAUUUGGGACGCUCGACAAGGAAAAAUAAUUAUCCUUUUUUAAUGUUAGGAUAAACUGUAGUAGCACAUGACCAUUUGCAACAGACAUGGGAAAUCUUGGCAUAAAUAUGGCAACAUUGUGAAGAUUCAAGUGUGCAGCACUCAAUCAUGUCUGAAGCAAAGAAAGUAAAAUGCUGAUAAACUGACCGUAACCCAUUAAACAAAGACUAGUGCAUCUGCAAGCAGAUUCUUGUUUGUAGCAAUGUGAUUGCCAUGCAACCUUUAUAGGCGGCAUUUCCCGCGAUGGAAAUGCACUCCAUGGUUUCCUUGGGUUUGUGGACGUUUACGUGCUUUAAAAUGGCUCCUAAACCACCACCAAUUUCGGUGUUACUGUCUUUUGUAUCAAGCUGCUCUGAAAAGGUCAUUUAUUCAGUGGUAGGGUAGCUUACUUUAAGCGUGUGACAUUCUAAAAGUAGCCAUUGAAGUUGUCCUGUGGUGAUGUUUUAUGAUGUGAAUAUCGUUUUUUUAUUCUUUCACUCUGAAUGUAAGCAACUCAAUUUUACUUUAUUUCCACUUCUAUCGGAAAGUGGUCGCUGACUUCCAAUGCCUGAAAGCAAAACAGUUUGUUACAGUUAAUCACGAGAAGAGAGUAAUGUGUUUCUGUUUGUGUGCGAUAAUGAUUCAGUCGUGUUAUGCAGUCAUAUGCCACGGUGUUUGGAAUGUAAUUAAGCGACCAUGGUGCAGUUUAAAAAUGUUGGCAGGCUUAUGAGAUGCUGGACCUUUCUCUGCACACCCGUCUGGAUGAUAAUGGCUUCGCAAAUAGAUUUUCUCUCGGGUUCAGACCACUGCUCUAUGUGGGCUAAUUAUUUACUGUGUGCAAACAUGUGAUUGCUGCUAAUCUACCACCUGUCAUGGAUGGCUGCUGUACGGCAGUGGCAUGAAGUCAAUUGCACGUUAGAUUGCGUGUAUUUAAAAAAAAAUCACGUUCUAUUAACAUAUCCUUUCUAUGAGUAGUUUAUCAGAUGUAUCAGUGAUCUCUUUACGUAUGUCCUUUUUGGGAAAAAGGCAGAGAUGUAACGAUGAAUGGGUCUGAGCAGUCUCAAUUUGUCACUUAGCUUUACUUCAAUGGGUGCAGUGCUUUGUUCUGCAUCUUAGUGCAGCCACACGCAUGCGUUUGUUUGCUCACCUUAGUUUUCCAACUUUGUUCAAAUUUAAUACACAUUUAUGUGAAGGGGAAAUAUCAUCAAUUUGACGCCAUUUUGGUUAUUCAAACAUUUCCACGUUUAAUAUAUUUACAUCAGACAAGGUGCACAUAUCAUUGUCAAGAGCUCCCAAGGUGACUUGCCUAUCACUACUGAACUAUACAAGCCCUUCGCCAUGUAUGCACUGAUAUGUCGAUAAAAGGUGGUGCGUUUUGUGUGCUAUCUGAGGUCAUGCCUCUUGGUGCAAGGAGAUGUGGAAAUGAGUAACGCAAUACAAAUAAGCACUUUGUCACACAGAUUGCUGAUCAGUCAGGCUUGUAAUGGUGAGACACGCCCAUGAUUUUUCACAUCUUGUGCAACCUUUUUUCACUCUUUCAAUAAUUUGAAUGGUUAUAUUCAACUUUCAACAAAUGUCAGACUUGCAAAGUGAUGUUUUGGUCACAGUUCGCAGUUCACAGCCCUGAGCCAGCGAUGAAACAGUGGUGGAAGUUACACAUUUUGUUGCGGUUGCACCCGAGUCAAGAGCCGCAUGGCUCACAGGGUUAAACCUAAUAAAUGCAACUGAAAAAACUGAAAACAUGCCUGCGGCGGGUAGGUGAGUCUAUCCAGAGGACAACCAUUGUUGAUUUCCUCACAAAGUGGUACUUAUUUGAUCGACCUCAAGAGGUAUGAUGGGCUGAGUCAACCCCCAAACAGGGAUAUGAACUCGCAAAUCGCGAGCCUUUCGCUCUACGGUUGAGCCACUUGGCCAGUUAAAAAAACUGCAAAUAACUGAGUAGCACAUUGCGGCGAGGAGAGUGCAGGGCAUUGAUAUUCUUGUCUUCGGUCUCGUCAUUGUGCAGAUGUUUUGUGUAAUAUAUAUUUAGAAGUGGAUGGCUUUUGUGAUGCAUCAGUAUUUUACCUCUGUCUCAGAAAGUCCAUACGCUGCUUGGAAGUUGAAGGGCUUAGCCGACCCGGGCACAACUGCUUUGUAGAGUGGUUCACCUUUAACCACGAUUCUGCCCAGCGUACAAGUUUUAAUUGAGUGCAUUGGUUACGCUGAAUUUCCCGAUGGACAUAUAAAGCCGUAACACGUGUAAUUCAAUACACUUUGGCAGGAUGAAAAGUGCAGCGUAAAUGUUAGUAUCGUUUAAAAGAAGCCACACAGUUUUUUUUUAAACAUGUCAUGGUGCUGUAAGUAAUUUAUAAAUAUGAAGGAAACUGAAGAUGUGAUUUAUUUAUGGUAUUAAGUAUGUUGUGAGCACGGUGAUUGUGAAACACAUUUAAAUAUGCUUUAAUUCAAGCUAGUGAAUGCUUUGAUGUAGUGGUAUAUUUUUUUUUUCUACGUUUACCCCUUAGAGAUAUCAUUUAAAGUCCAGUACAUCUUAGUAGGGAGAAUUUUGUUGGGUAAAGUGUGGGUACUCCCACAACUUCCUAGAGGUGUGGACAGCAUGGAAGAGUAGGCCAAUUACCCUCCAGAGGGGAUCUCUACAUCUCCCUCUAGUGGAGGUAUUUUAUUCCAGCAGUGGUGAGAGCAAGAAAUUGUGGGGCUGCACCUCUACCUUGAAAAAAUAGAUAUUUUUGCAUCUUGGAUAAAAUAAAUGUAAGAUGUAAUGUUUGCGGCUGACUACAUUAAUGUGCACAAGCAAGCUGCACGGUAAUAUAAUAUCUUGUGACCAUAUGAUGAAUGCCCAAAAUACCCGAUUAAUAUCGCAUUCGUUCUCCACCCGUGCACACGGGGAACACGAUAUUCGCAGAGCGGAAAGUUUGCGUUCGUAUAUUAUGCGCCAUUGCCCCGUGAUAGCACCAACGGCCAUUUGUUCAAUCUUGUGUUCAAGGUGGAGAACAAGAACCAACAUGUAAAAGGUUUAAGUGUUCUUCCUUUAAGAGGGACAUCAUUCCCAUUUUAAUUAGACAUCCAGUGUGACAUCUGCCUGAAACGCUACUUUGUGUACAAGAAAUGUGAAAAAGUAUUCCAUGCUUUUAUACGCAUUUGUCUAAACAAGCAUCACUUAUUUUGUUCUAUAUUUAACAGUGUCUGUGUGUUUUAUAGCAUAUUCUUUGGGUCUUUCGGUAAAGUCACGUAGAACAAAAAAAUAACAAAAAACUACGACGUGUCGAUCGCAACACAAGCAAUCGUCAUCAGGAGGAAAAAAGGAGGGAAAAAGCUGCUGAGAGAGGCUGUUUUAAAGGUUUGAAAUGGGUGUAGCCCAGCGGUCAUAAACGAAGUGGGCAGGGCUAGUGAUGUUAAAGUGAGAAAUUUGCAUGUCAAUGUACGAUCGGAGGGCGACUUCCACGGCAAGGGUGCGUAGGUGGCUAUUGUAAUGUGAGAGAUUAGCAUGUUAAUGUAGGCAUCAUCAGAAGGAAAAAAGGAGGGAGAAAGCUGCUGAGGCAGGCUGUUUUAAAGGUUUGAAAUGGGUGUAGCCCAGGGGUCAUCAACGAAGUGGGUGGGGCUAGCGACGUUAAAGUGAGAAACCUUUAAAACAGCCUGCCACAGCAGCUUCCCCCUAUCCUUUUUUCCUCCCCGAUGACGAUUGCUUGUGUUGCGAUCAAAACGUCGUAGUUUUUUGUUAAUUUUUUUUGUUCUACUUGACUUUAACGAACGACCCAAAUAAUAGGAAUUCCUGCAAUCACGAAAGCAUUGCCACAAUUUCACAUUUUAAUGUUGAUCUGCGUUAUGAAAACCAGUGUUGUAGUAAAACCAGAGUAUAUUUCGUAAUAUACAGCGUUUUAAAUUAGUAAAAUCAAGUUUGGUCACCAGUUUCUAAAACACAAAAACCGUGUAUCAAAAGUCGUUUUACAACCACUCACUUUUACAACAUGAAGACCGUAUGCUAAAUGCAUUUUGAAAUAUUGACAAUUCAUGUGUUUGUUUUAAACCACACAGACUAAUAAAUAUCUUUUUUUACUUUGAGCAAACUCAAAUUUUGUCUCUACCAAACUAUUUUUUUCUAACAAUGUAGCAGCAAUAGUUUUUGGAUUUGGAAGCAACAUAUUUGUAACGACAUCUCCAAAUGUUGUUUGGGGAGGGUUGACCAUUUCAAGGGCAGAGGUUGGGAAGUGGGGUAGGAGGAGGGGUCUUACAAUGGAGAGUAAAAACAGGAAUGUCUUAAACCUGGAAUUAAACAAAUGUCCUGUAAUUGCAUAAACAAAAACUAAAUAUGUAGUGAUUGUUUUGUGUGAGCGCCUGCAUAUUGCCAUUUGCAGUGCAUUUGAGUGUAUUUUUGCACGUUCUGCCCAUGAAAUGAAAUGUUUAAUGAAAGAUAAAAAAUAUGGAUUAAAUCCUCAUUUUGCAGUGUGGGUUCGAUUGCCAUGGAUUGUGACAAGUAAGUAAUCUGGCACACCAUGUACCGUGGUGCUUGUAAUUGCUCACCUGUCAUACGCGCAUCUGGUGUUCGCGUUGACUGUGGUGUCUAUUUCGUCACCAAUCAGCCAGUGGAAGCCUUCCUCCAUCCUAAUUCGAAUUUGACUCCACUUCUUCCGUGUCACAUACGUGCAGCCAGCAUUAAAAUCUCCCAGAAAUAUCAUGUUCUGUGGAAAAACAAUUGCACAAGUUACUGGCCGUAAAUUUGUAUUUUGUUUGACAUAAGCAAGUUAAUGCAUUUUGUUAAAUUUAAUGAUGGGUAGUGGGCAUAUUUCGUCGAGUGUAGUAGCUUUUUGUAACCGCUGUAGCAACAGUGCUCACAACUGCUGGCCCAUAAUUUCUCGUCGCGUGCUUUGACACCAUUGAACGGGGACGUUGCCAAGCUGCCAGCACCAUUAUUGGUGUUGGCCUGCCUCCAAAAGGCACAUGUAUUGACCGUGACGGCAUUUUAGGGGUCCUGGACAUACACUGCACUCGCUUGACCCGAAUCUGUCUUCCACAAAUUAUAAAGUAUAAUUUUCUUUACCUCUGUUUUCCAGCGGUUCUUAACAUCCAUGUAAACAUCGUAAAGUUCAUCCAAUUCCUUUACGGAGGCCUCAGGGGUCGUGUGUUGUGGGAUCAAUAUGAACUCUUUAAUAUCUGCAUGGUACAAAGAAACACAAUGGCCAAAGGAAGUAGACUUUGCUGAGGAAGGAAAAAAAAUCUAAAAUAUUUCAGUUAUUUUAAAAAUAUUAUUUAGGAAGUUUACGGAACAAUUAAACCCUCACUGCAAACAGGUGAUGAAGAAAAUAGUAGGCCUGUCGUUUGGUGGGAUGAAAUUUGCAAUCCUUAAAUUUAUACCCAAAUGUCUAAAUAUUAGGCACGUAACCAUUUAUUGAUGAAAAUCAAUGAUACAUGCAUUGAAUCGUGCAUCAUGAGACAAUUGAUAAUUUCUAUGAACAAUUUACGCAAAUUAUGUGGUGAUAUUGCAUUGCCAGUGGUGCACGAGUAACAAAAACAAAACUCAACAUGUUCGUCAAUAACACACUACAUCAAGUGCUAUAGCACGUGCAAUGACGAAGGGCCAUUGCCUGAAACGUCGCCUCAUUUUUCCUUUUAAGGACACUUAUUGAAGAAUGUAAUUUUUAUUACAUUAUAUACACAUCUUCCUCACAGCUGUUUUAUAUUCAACGUAUACCGUGCCUCAUAUGCAGUACAUCUCAAAUGAUGUUCUCGUGUUACAUUUGAGCUUAUGGAGCAAAUGUCCGUAUAAACAAUAAACAACGCACAUAAAAUGGUAAAAUUAUUUUGAAAAGACGUGAUAAUUUAAUUGUAACCUCGGUUCAUCAAAUUGUUGUGGGCGGUCGGUGUGGGGUGGAGGUGGGAGGGCGGUGAGGGUGUAAGGGGGUGAGGUGAUCGGUGAAUCGUCGCAUGGCCUCAAUAGAACAGAAAAGCUUUUUUUGUGAAUCUUUAAUACGAACCUGUCGUGGGUGAGCUGAAUUUGACAACAAAUGGCUCUCUGGAAAAGGCAUCCACAUCUCCGACCUGCUCAUCCAUAUACUGGUAUCUGUCCAACACACUCACCAUGGUGUGUCUAAAAAAAGAAAAAGGCACAAUUACCUUACAACGAACAAUGUUUAUCAUGCAUAUUAUUCCUUCCAAUAGACAUGUUGUCACGCAUAUUUAGGCAGAAAUUUAAAUUCAUAUUUAAUGCCAACAUUGAAGACAGUCUUAAUUUUCACCCAUGUUGGCAUAAUAUAAUUCAUUUUAUUAUUUUGGCAAUAGAAAAACACAUUUUGCCAAUGGUUUUCUAUUCUUUGUUCUUUUAUCUCAUUCGCACUUGAAAAGCAAUGUGCUCUCAGUAAAUAAAGCAAUUGUCCUCAUGUCAUUGCAUUGGCUGAAAUGACACCGCAUGCAAUUGUGCACAUACCAAAUUAGCACGUGCAUAGAAUUACAUUUUUCUUCCGUGCAAUUUCUUGUCAAACUAAAAAUGUUGGAGAAAAUGAUUUACCUAUCUGGAGGGCUUCAUAUUAUCAUUACUACUUAAAAUGCAAAUGUGUUCUAUAUUUGUCAUGAACGAAAUAUGCACCAGCCAUUUUCCGUCCAUAAAUUUGUGGAAAGAUGUCUGUGCACCAAGCGCAAGGAGGGUACCUGUAGAUAAAGGCGUACUGCUCCUUGUAGGACUUUCUUCCCAAGCGAUCGCUGAUGAUGUAGGUGUAAGGCUUUCGUCUAUCUCCUCUGGGGAGUAUAGGAAAUAACAAGCGUUGCAAAACAGCAACACAAAUCGGUCGAAAUAUAAAAAAAGGUUGGUACACUAGUUUUUUUUUAUUAGUGUACCAGAUUUCCUUUAUUCCAUAUGGUUUGGUGAAUGCAGUAUUUAAUGACUUCAACGGAAUUUGAAAAGACAAGAUAGGUGAAUAUGAAUAGUAUGGGUGUGAUGGGUUAGUGGAGAUUUCAGUUUGCGGAUGCCCAUUAUAGUUGUAUACUAUGCAAUAUUUUAAACGAUCCAUUUCUGUAAGUUAUUAAUUAAACUGUAAAACAUGAUUUAUACUUGUUUCACGAAUUUUUUGUAUGUUCCUGCAUUAUCCUAAUAUUAAGAAAACACACCAAUUGCGAAGUUGUAAUCAUACCAGUGCUUUAAAUUCUCAAAUUUGUAAAGACUAUGAAGAAAUGUGCAAGAUUGUCCUGUGCAGAAAAUAUAGUUGGUAUUAUGAUGGAAGAACAACACGAAGACAUCUAAGAAGUAAAAUCAAAUUAACCGAAGAUGAAGUAAAAAAAAACAUUUACACCUGCUACCACACACCUCUUCGUAAGCUUCACAUUUUAUUGUGCAAAAUAUUAAAGGUUAUGAAAAGCAUUACUUGGGCUAAAUGCCAUUGAAUUCUGAGGCAUACAUUAUCACUGAUAUUUCCAUGCAUAAAGAAAUUGUAGGCAAUCUGGAUGGAAAAUAUAUUACUUUGCACCGACGUUAUUAAGACAUACAUGCAACGUUUUAAAAGCACGCAAGUGGGUUUCAGAAACAGUGGAAAUGUGUUAAAAACACGCCUUUUGUGCCAUUUUGAAUGUACAAAUAACAACGCGUUUUUUUUCCAAAUGACAGUUCUAGAUGGAAACAAUGCUAUUCAUUUUAAUAACCAUCUAAUUGUGGCCACAAGGGUUAUACAAAUAAUGUAGGACAAUGUUAUUUUAAAUCACAUAUACACUGCAAAAUGUACAGUAAUUUGUUUUCGUUCAAAUGUGUAUGAUAUACAAUGGCCAAAAGUGCAAAUAAGAAAAAUACUCGGUGAUGAGAUUUGUGCUUUGCUGCAACCACAGCUAACAUUGAAAUGCAGUACGCAGUAGAGGUUUGCUGUCAAUACCUGCUCGGGAACCUGCUUGUAUGUGAAUAAUAUUACGCAGUUCUUCUCACAUGGGUGGGUGCGUUCUUUAUUCAAAGUAAGUACUAGUUUCUGAAAAAUAUAUUACUUGGUCCUUUCGUAGCAAGGUAACUUGGCAAAGUAAUACAUUUCUAUUGAGAUUUAAGAACAAUGUAGCUAAAUAGUGUAUGUAUCACCUCACAUGACAUUUGUAAGAAAUGCAUUUUUGCAAUGGAUUUUUUAAAGCAUUUUGCAGUAUCGCACUGAUGUGGUUUGAGCAGCACUGCGUGCUGCAACCAACAAACGCAUCGGAGAGCUCGUAACAUUUUGAUUGAGAAAGAUAAUUUUAACCUUGAAUUGUUACAUUAAAUAAUUAAUAUAUAAAGCACAUAUCGCUAAUUCAAUUAGUACAGUCACAAAUAGUGUCUCUUAAACGUACCUGUUAAGUUCAUUUACCAGCGACACUAAUGAUGAUCCGGUGGAAUCUUUCACUUCCAUCACGAGCAUGAUGUCACAUCGAGAAGUAAUCUGAGUGCAAUAAAGACACAUGUUAAGCAUU